AUUCAAUCCCAAAUGAAAAAGAGUGGAAGAUGGCAAGAGCAAGAAGAUGCUCUUCUUAAACAAGCUGUAGAUAGACUAGGAGCUAAGCAAUGGAGAAAAAUCUCAGAGCAUGUUCCAGGAAGAACUUCUAUCCAGUGUCUUCACAGAUGGACUAAGAUUUUGAAGCCCGGGCUUAUCAAAGGACCCUGGACGAUUGAAGAGGAUGAAAAAUUAAGAGAAUGGGUUAAUAGAAGGAAAGGAGCAAUGAAGUGGGCUGACGCUACAAAAGAGAUCCCUGGAAGAAGCGGGAAGCAAAUCAGAGAAAGAUGGUUUAAUAUCCUCAACCCUACAAUCAAUAAAGCGAAGUGGACCAAAGAUGAAGAAAGACUAUUAUUUCAGUUAUACCAAAAAUAUGGGCCCAAAUGGUGCUCUCUCGUUCAAUAUUUCAAAAAUCGGACUGAGAACUCUAUUAAAAAUAGGUUUUAUUCAACACUCAGAAAGUUUGCUACAGAAUAUAAAAGAUCGAUUGAUAAGAGUAAAAACACUAAUAAUAUUGCCCAAGAGGAAGCAGAUCCUCAAUUAUAUUUUGAAAAUCCUCAGGUGGCAAAGACCGAAGAGUUAUUAAGAUUCUUGCCUCUAGUUGUGGAGAAUCUAAAAGUUGAAUCUGAAUCUUGUAACUUCCUCCAGACUAGCAAUGAGGGUCCUCGUAAAACGCCAAAGCCAGUGAAAGAAGCAAAAAUAAUCAAAUCAGCUGCUAUAAAAACUGUAGUUAACAAGACUACUAAGGCUAAAGAUUUCCCUAAGGGGCAAGAUUCUUGAAAAGAGCAAUUGCUCCAUUUACCAAAUUUGAAUAACUUUAAUUUCAAUGGGCAAAGUAAUCAAAAUAUAAAAGAUUUGCCUCCCUUCCAGUCUAAGGAGGAGGUAAAGGAAAAGAUUCAUGAGAAGAUGUUCUUUCAUUUCCAAGAACCUCCAAAGCCCCAAGAAGAACUUUACUUGCCAGUCUCACAACUUGAGUAUUCAUUUUCAGAGACCAGGCCUGCAAGCACUUGUUUUAUAAAACAGGACCAGAAGUCUCAAAGUAACAACGAGAAUUUGUCUACAAAUCCUUAUGAAUUUGUCCCCUGAAAGUUUGACUUUAAUCAAAAUUAUUCAGUAGAUCUUAGUAAUUUUGACUAUUCAGCUGAAUGUAAGGAUCUUGAGAAGGAGAUAUUCCAAGAAUGCGACAUGAUGAUGAAAGAUAUGACAAAAGGAAACAAUAUUUUCUAACACAUCACC